CCCUCGGUCCACCCCUCCUACCCAGACGCGGCUCUCGCCGUUAUUCUCCCGUGGUAACCGACGAGUGCCACCACCAUCUCCGCUCUUCCGCCGCACCUCCAGAACCUCCACCCAGGCUAGGGUUUGAUCCCCAGUCCAUUCUUCGGAGCAAUGGAGGGCGGAGGCGAGGGCGCAGCACCGCCCGCGGCGGCGGCGGCGGCGGCGGAUGUGAAAAACCCGAGGUGCUUCAUGGACAUCACCAUCGGCGGCGAGAUGGAGGGGAGGAUCGUGAUAGAGCUGUACGCGUCCGUGGUUCCGCGGACGGCGGAGAAUUUCCGCGCUCUCUGCACCGGAGAGAAGGGCGUCGGCAACUCCGGCAAGCCGCUGCACUACAAGGGAUCAUACUUCCAUCGCAUUAUCAAAGGUUUUAUGGUACAAGGUGGAGAUUUUACUGCUGGUGAUGGAACAGGGGGGGAGUCGAUUUAUGGAUCGAAGUUUGAGGAUGAAAAUUUUAUUUUAAAGCAUGAGAGGAAGGGAAUAUUAUCUAUGGCUAAUUCUGGCCCCAACACAAACGGAUCUCAGUUUUUCAUCACUACUACCCGAACACCUCAUUUAGACGGGAAGCAUGUAGUUUUUGCGAGAGUAAUAAAAGGAAUGGGCGUGGUUCGCUCUUGUGAGCACAUUCCUGCUGGAGAAGCUGACCGUCCCACAGUUGAUGCCGUAAUUGCUGAAUGUGGGGAACUUCCUGAAGGUGCCGAUGAUGGAGUUGUAAACUUUUUCAAGGAUGGUGACAUGUAUCCUGACUGGCCAAAUGAUCUCGAUGAAAAGCCUGCAGAGGUUUCAUGGUGGAUGGAAGCUGUGGAGUCUGCUAAGGCUUUUGGGAAUGAUAAUUUCAAGAAACAGGAUUAUAAGACGGCCCUCAGGAAGUACAGGAAAGCUCUGCGCUACUUGGAUGUUUGCUGGGAGAAAGAAGAGAUAGAUGAAGAGAAGAGCUCAGCACUGCGGAAGACCAAGUCCAUAAUACUCACGAAUAGCUCUGCAUGCAAAAUGAAGCUGGGAGAUUUGAAGGGUGCUUUGUUGGAUGCAGAUUUUGCGCUGCGUGAAACAGAGGGCAAUGCUAAGGCUUUUUUCCGACAAGGACAGGCACACAUAGCACUUAAUGACAUUGAUGCAGCGGUGGAGAGCUUCCAGCAUGCAUUGGACUUGGAGCCAACUGAUGGAGCGAUUAAACGCGAGCUGGCUGCUGCAAAGAAGAAGAUCUCCAACAGGAGAGAUAAGGAGCGCAAGGCAUACGCCAGGAUGUUCCAACCUUAAGGAAAAUCGGAGGAGAACGAAGAUGAGAACGGCGAAGUAAUUUUCGAGUAGCUGUUUAAUUUCUGAACCAGGCGUGCAAAGUUGCUAAUGUUUAUUUUCAUUCCAACACUUGUAGGAGAAGGAUUGAUCCAUAGUUUUCUCCGCCCCGGCAGAACUUUUGGUUAGCUUAAUCUGGGAUACAUACUUGAACUUUCCGUGGAAAAGGUCGUCGUCCUAGUUAAUAUGCCGUAAAACAGAACCUUGUGCUUUUCUCCUGUGGCACAGUUUUGCUGGUGUGCGCCAAAGGAUGCUUAUGCGUUGGGAAAAAAAAUUGGAGGAAUAUUUGUGUUGCUCGUAUGACAAUGGAGGCUGUCUACCAUUAUUUUGAAAUACAGGGAAAAAAAGAGAGGUA